CACAUGCGCCUUCGACGCAGAAUUAUGACGUUAGCCUGAGCAGCACUUCAUCAGAGUGUAAUGUUACAAUUGUUCUAUUUAAAAUUAAACCUAUUCUAUGGGCUUGUUGCUCCGCGCGGUGGGUCCACUUAAUACUACUAAUAUAGUAAUGUGAAGAGACCCCUGCUGUCAUGCCUCCAAUCAUGGCUCAGAUCAGUGAUCCAAAGAUUGCAUUUGCCUACCUGCGCCCGGCCUGUGUCCUGCUCACCCGAGCGCCCACUGUUACCAACGUAGAGACGCUGAGCGCCCAGUUAAAAGAAGUCAAUGAUGCCACAUUGCAGCAGCUCCAAGAGUAUGUCCUCUUCCCUCUUCGCUUCGUCCUUAAAGUCCCCGGGCCCAAAAACAACAAACUGGUGCAGGCUGUGGCUGAGGCCAUGAGCCACGUCCUAGAGAACACUUGUGUCCAGAGCUGGGAGACCCUCUGUGACCUCCUCUCAGAGCUUUGCCUCUGCCUGUGCUCUCCAACCGACCCCGGGAAAGCUGCAGAUACAUCAGAGGAGCUAAAAUUGGCUGUUCUGAGGUGCUUGGAUGCCCUGCUUCAUGCUGCUUAUGGUGAUAUAGUCUUCAAACUCUUUGAACCAAACAUGCUGCCCGGUCUGGGGGCUGCCGUAUCACUCCUGCUGGCUUUAGGAGAGAAGGAGAAAUCCAGAGAUGUACAGGCAGCAGCGUUGAAGUGCCUCCAGGCUUUGACUCUGCAGUGUGACUGCACUCAGGAGCAUGUAGUCCCAUCCUUAGAGGAGAGAUGUGCUAUAGGCAGCACCAUGGCUUCAUUCCUACCUGGGAUCACUGUGGCCGUUGCCAGGAUCAUUACAGGAGACCUGAGACAAGGCCAUGCAGUCACAAUCAGGGCCAUCAAGGUUUGGUCCAGGACUGUGGGGCUUGUCAUGGAAGAUGACCAGUUUCAGGUCAGUGAGCCCUGGAAGACUCCUCCACCAGACCUGGGGAGAAUCGAACAGCUGAUUGUCCAUCGCACACAAGACUGGGUGAAGAGCACAGCGGGGAAACUGUCAGUGCUCCUGAAGAAGAUCAUCUCCUGCACCUCGGCUCACCAGCACUGGAGGGUUAGACUAGAGAUGGUGGAGUUGGAUGACCACCUGCUGGCCAGGUGUAGCCAGGCACUGGGCGAGUGUGUGGGACCGCUACUGGAAGCACUGGUGGGGGCAGUCAACGACGAGGAGCCCAGAGUCAGAAAGAGGUGUGAAGUUGUUCUCAGGCUGGUAUCACAGAGGAAUCAGAGCUGUAGCAGCAGCAGAAGUGCUCAGACCUUCACUGACGUGCUUUCUGAGAAUCUCCACUCUUUGGUCACCUCCCUGCCCAGACUGAUGAGGACCUCGGAUGACCAGAAGAAGCUGUUUGUCCUCAAAGUGUUUCUGGGUUAUUUAAAGGUCCUGGGACCGCUGGUCUCCGUGAUACUUAACUCGGCUGCACAUCUCGAGAGGAUUUCCAAAGCCUUGAUGCAGGUGCUGGAGCUGGAUGUGAUGGAUGUUCGUAUUGUUGAGGAAAGGAGUUACACUGCUACCUUAGAGACAAGCUCGGGCACCAAUGAUUCCUACACUGCUCACAUACAGAGGAAGCAUUUUCUCUACUUCACAGAUGAGAAGAUCAUUUCUGUGCUUAUGGAAAUCUGUCAAACAUUAGGUUACUAUGGCAAUAUCCACCUGCUGACUGAUCACUUCCUGGAUCUGUACCAACAGUCUUCAGCAUACAGAAAGCAGGCUGCCAUGGUGCUUAAUGAGAUUAUAAGGGGAGCAGCAGGCAUCGCCGUGGCAACAGAGUGUCAGGGUUUGGAGACUCAAGUUUUGGGACACUCUGCCACACAGGAAGACCUUAAAGUCGCAGUGGUGUCUGUCGUGGAGGAAUACACCAGUGUGAACAACUGGCACUUGAUAACUUCCAGUGAGGAGACGGAUAGAGACCGACAAGACCACCAGCUGUUCAGCCCAUCCAGACUUCUCUCCAUACCCAACAGUAAUGUUGGCAACACUAAAGCAAACUCUGUCCAACUGAUUCCAUCAUCAUUUGGCACGGUGUCUUCCUCAACCCCAACCUCUGCAAUCCACCAGCUCAACAGUAACAUCUGGCAGCUGUGCAUCCAACUCGAGGGCAUAGCUUGCUUUGCUCAGGCACUGGGGCGGGAUUUCCGGCCCAUUUUGAUGACAUCACUGUACCCCGUACUGGAGAAAGCCGGAGAAGAGACACUGCUGGUCAGACAGGCAGCGCUGGGCUCUAUGUGGGACAUCAGUAAUUCCUGUGGCUACCCCUCCCUGAAGGAGUUGAUCAAUGAGAACUCUGACUACCUGCUUAACGACAUAUCUCUUAACCUGCAGAGGCUAAGCCAACAUCCUCAGGCUCCACGGGUGUUGACAGUGAUGUUGACUCAUUCUGACUGCAGCCUGCUGCCUCUGGUCAGGGACAUGGUUCAGGAUGUGCUGAUGGCUCUGGAUCUCAGCUACGACCACACAGCUGCUCUCUUCUGCUCUGUGCUGCACGCGCUCAUGAAGGCACUGGCGAGGUGGUUUCCCUCCAGUUGUGGUCGGACCAGUAAGUCUGCCAGACCCAAACAGACCUCCCUCCACGACGAAAUCCCUAACAUUCGCCAGUUCCUGCUGGAUCACCGCAUACAGAAAGAGCUAGCAGAGGGCAUUGGAGUAGAGGAGGACAGCAAUGAAGACCUUGAAGUCCCUCCUCCCCUGGAGUGUGAGGAUGUUGAAGAUAUUGAGGGUCCUGAUGUAAAAGUGGAGCUUCCCUCCCACCUCAGCAUCACUAAAGAUGUUAUGGAGCGCUGCAUUCAUCUGCUGAGUGACCCUAGUCUCAGGCUACGACUUAAGAUGGCUAAACAGAGGAGGAAAUGCAGUAAAGGUCCUGUGUUUGUUUUUUUCUCAGGUGGGACAGACCUAGAUGCUGUUUGCGAGGCCUGCCUGCCCUACCUGAGCUGUAGGCAACCAAUCAGAUUGCAAGAGGCCAGUGUAAGCGUUUUCCAACACUUAAUCCAGGUGGAUCCGGAUGCCUUCUGGUUUACUCUAAAUGAGCUGCACUGCCCAUCGUCCUACAUCCCGCCCCACCCCGACCUCCUGCCUGUACAGCUGAGCGGAAUGUGUCGACCAAGAGACGAGUACUCGGACAAUGUUCUGAAACUGCUGAGAGAAGAGUUUGGCUCGGUUGCUGAGAACAGUGUAGCAGCCAGUCAGCUAAUGAACUAGUGAUUGAUGUGAUUCCCUCCUUUCUCACAUGGACUGCUUAUUGAACCACUGACUCCAACAAGUCUGUUUACUUUAAAUGUCAAAAUCUUAAAAUUGUGC